GGUGAGAAGGGCCGGCGGGCCAAGCAGGGCUGAGGUCUUCUUUGGAGCCCGAGACCCUCCCCUGCAUUGAGCACCCGGACCUUGGUUCUCCGGUGGCACCUGUUGCUGGCGACAGGCAACUCUGAUUGCUCUCCUUGUGUGUUUGCUUUGAAGAAAGAAGAGUAGAAGAAAAAGUAGACGACACCAUGUCAGAGAUUCUAGACCUCUCUUUUCUGUCUGAAAUGGAAAGGGACUUGAUCCUCAGUGUUCUGCAGAGAGAUGAGGAACUCAGAAAAGCAGAUGAGAAAAGGAUUAGGAGACUGAAGAAUGAGCUACUGGAGAUAAAAAGGAAAGGGGCCAAAAGGGGUAGCCAACACUACAGUGAUAGAACCUGCGCUCGGUGCCAGGAGAGCCUGGGCCGUUUGGUUCCCAAGAGCAACACUUGUUUGGGUUGUAAUCACCUUGUGUGUCGAGAUUGCCGUGUUCAGGAAAGCAAUGGUUCCUGGAGGUGCAAGGUGUGCGCCAAAGAAAUAGAGCUGAAAAAAGCAACUGGAGAUUGGUUUUAUGACCAGAAAGUAAAUCGCUUUGCUUACCGAACAGGCAGUGAGAUAAUCAGGAUGUCCCUGCGCCGGAAACCAGCAAAUAAAAGAGAGACAGUGGGACAGUCCCUCCUUCAGCAGACGCAGAUGAGCGAUAUCUGGCCAGGAAGAAAGAUCAUUCAGGAGCAACAGAAGGAAGCCAGUGUGGCAUUUGAAGUGCCAAAGCUGAAAAGUGGAAAGAGUGCAUUGGAGGCUGAGAGCGAGAGUCUGGAUAGCUACACAGCUGACUCGGAUAGCACCUCCAGGAGAGAUUCUCUGGAUAAAUCUGGACUCUUCCCAGAAUGGAAGAAGAUGUCUGCUCCCAAAUCUCAGGUGGAGAAGGAAAUUCAACCAGGGAGUCAAAAUGCAGUGUCUAUGGAUGAGGGUGACAUGAUAUUCAAGAAGAAUACCAGAAAAAUCCUCAGGCCUUCAGACUACACUAAAUCUGUGAUAGAUCUUCGUCCAGAAGAUGUGGCACAAGAAAGUGGCAUCUUGGGAGACAGAAGCAAAUCUGUACCAGGGCUCAGUGUGGAUAUGGAAGAAGAGGAGGAGGAAGAGGAAGACAUUGAUCACCUGGUGAAGUUACAUCGUCAGAAACUGGCCAGAGGCAGCAUGCAAAGUGGCUCCUCCAUGAGUACCAUCGGCAGCAUGAUGAGUAUCUAUAGUGAAGCUGGUGAUUUUGGGAACAUCUCUGUGACUGGCAAGAUUGCCUUUUCCCUGAAGUUUGAGCAGAAAACACAGACUCUGGUCAUCCAUGUGAAGGAGUGCCAUCAGCUGGCUUAUGCUGAUGAAGCAAAGAAGCGUUCUAACCCGUAUGUGAAGACUUAUCUUCUGCCUGACAAAUCCCGCCAAGGAAAAAGAAAAACGAGCAUCAAACGUGACACCAUCAAUCCACUGUAUGAUGAGACCUUAAGGUAUGAGAUUCCAGAAUCUCUCCUGGCUCAGAGGACCUUGCAGUUUUCAGUGUGGCAUCAUGGUCGUUUUGGCAGAAACACUUUCCUUGGAGAGGCAGAGGUCCACAUGGACUCCUGGAAGCUGGAUAAGAAACUGGACCAUUGCCUCCCUUUACAUGGAAAGAUCAGUGCUGAGUUCCCGCCUGGCUUGCCAACACACAAAGGCGAGUUGGUGGUUUCAUUGAAAUACAUCCCAACUUCCAAACUCCCUGUAGGAGGUGACCGGAAAAAGAGUAAAGGUGGGGAAGGGGGAGAGCUCCAGGUGUGGAUCAAAGAAGCCAAGAACCUGACGGCUGCCAAAUCAGGAGGGACUUCAGACAGCUUUGUCAAGGGAUACCUCCUUCCCAUGAGGAACAAGGCCAGUAAGCGUAAAACUCCUGUGAUGAAGAAGACCCUGAAUCCCCACUACAACCAUACAUUUGUCUACAAUGGUGUAAGGCUGGAAGAUCUACAACACAUGUGCCUGGAACUGACUGUGUGGGACCGGGAGCCCCUGGCCAGCAAUGACUUCCUGGGAGGGGUCAGGCUGGGUGUUGGCACUGGAAUCAGUAAUGGCGAAGUGGUGGACUGGAUGGAUUCGACUGGUGAAGAAGUGAGCCUGUGGCAGAAGAUGAGACAGUACCCAGGGUCUUGGGCAGAAGGGACACUGCAGCUACGUUCUUCAAUGGUCAAGCAGAAACUGGGUUUAUGAGUCCCUAUUGUCCUCUGCAAGUGCAGCCCUGGUCAGGCCAAGUCAAAGGAAAUGAAGAAACCAUGAAGAAAGAUUUCUAAUUUAAUGUGUAUGCAUGUUGGAUGUACGUGUUAUAAAUAUAUACUUCUGCAGAUCUCAUUUUGCUAGCUAGAGUGAUACAGGCUUGUUCACCCUUUUAAAGCAGGCUCAAGAAUAAGGAUGUUUUCAAAUGGCUUUUAUUUAUGCACAGUGUGGUGUAUUUUCAGAGUACUUCUUUCCUCUAUCUUUAUGUGGUUUAAUUAACUUUAAAAAAAAUCCUUUACACCAACUUUCUACUUUCUGUCUCACUGUUCUUGCUCCUACUUCCCCUGGAAGCAUUGACUGCCUUUGGUAUUAAUUCUAGUUUGUGGACCUAGAAGUGGCUGAUGUGAGGCCAAGGCUCUGGGAAGCAGGAUUAGGAUAAUAAAUAUGGGGGAAUAUGGUAGAGAGGUAAGUAGGAACAGUCUUUUCUCUCUAAUUUGUACUUUUAACUCAUCAUCUACCUUGAUAAAUUUCUCAAACUUGGCUUUUAACUUUUCUUGUUUUAAAGCAGUUUUCACAUUGCUUGAGUGUAGUGAUUUUCUUUAAAGUGCAAUAAAAUUCCCUGGUUGCUUUGCAGACCUUUGGGGAGCUCUUAUAAUGGAGUCACUUUAGAAAAUCACUUUAGUUAGAUAAUAGCCUUUUCACUGGCACAUUAACAUGCCCAAGGCUGAUCCCAGAGGGCCUAAAUAACUGAGGGUAAAGUUUGUCAUAGCCCAUGCUGAAUGCUCCAUGUUUUAAACCAUUAUAGUACAUUGCUAGAGAGAGAUUUCUGCAUUUUCCUAGUGGAAGCUGAGACAUCUUCAGUCUCAUGUACUCCAUUUUUCUCUGAGUUUGUGUCUGGGGUGUGCUGCCACAUAGAAUAUAGUAUGCAUAUCUCUGUUUCGGCCAGAAGAGCCAAAGAUUGUCUAAAGUGGCAUAGUGAUCCCCCAGACUUGGGACUACUAUUUCCCCAUGAGAAUGUAGGUAGAAUCUCCCAGCUAUUCUGACUUUCAACCUGAUACUUUUCAGUUCCCAUUUUUGUUUGUUUCCUAAACUUAACCUAUACGUAAUUAGGAGGAGUAUCUUGAAGCUUUUGAAAGAGGGCUCUGGUAGCUUUCAUUUCCUGCCUCUUUUCCAAACUGACCUUUGCAUUUAUAGCUAUAUAUCUAGACAAAAGUUAUGUGUGGAAGGAGUCUAUAGCAGAAAAGAAAUCCCUUUCAGUGGAGCCAGCUGCUACCUGACUUUCCUGUAAGGCCACGGGAUUGCAGGCAGCUAGUGUGUAUGGGCUUGCAUGAGUGAACUGAAUAGCAGAAUGUUUCUUAAAGACCUAUUUGGUAUGGAUUGAUAUUGUAAUGGAAAGCAUAACUUUUGUUUGUUCUUUGGUGUUCCACCCCAACGUGUGUGUGUGUGUGUGUGUGUGUGUGUGUGUGUGUGUGCGCGCGCGCGCGCACGCUUCAAUAAAGCUUUCUCACUUGUGAAGUAUUAUAUUUGUAGAUCUAUAGUUCUAUGGCUGCUUUUGUCUCUGAUGUCCUGACUUACUGUUCCACUUUUACACAUGUCUUGAAGGUAAGAACCAGACUGAUAUAUGCCCCUCUCUGACUAACCUAGAAGAAAAUCUGCUUUUCCACAUUGCUGCCAGAUACCUUUGCUGAGCCUUUACCCCUUGUCCUGUAUGUUUGAUAUCUACAAAUAGCACCACUUUUCUCCCUCUCAAGUACCAAUGGAAGUUGGCCUUUGGCUUUUAGACUGCCCCUUGCCAGAGGGAAAACAGAGAUGGUCACACUGUGUUGAGGGGACACAGUCCAUGCUAUGAGCACUUUCUGAAUUAUUCAGUUUAUCUGGGACAUAGGGACUUUCUCUCCAAGUUUACUCCAUUAUUUAGAUUGGAGAGCUAAAUCACUCAGAUGCUAAGUAAUUCAUCUCUUAAAUAAGGCUCUGAGUUUCUAGCUAGAGCUCAAGUGAUUUUUGGCCUCUUGUGUAAAAAUGUAUAAUAUAUAUAUGUAUAUAUAUUAUACACAUAUAAAAUGUGUUUUGUAUGCAUGGUUUUAUAAAAUAUUGCAUGACUCUUUCCAUGAUCUUAAAAGUAGGAAACCUUCCCUUCUUGCAAAUAAAGAAACACAAGCUCCCUGUCAUGCAACAGAACCAGGCUUUGCAUCCAGGUCUGAGUCUACCAUGUUGCCUCCUGUUGGAAUGAUGUGUGUUAAGCACAAAGCAUUAAGGGAAGGAAUGACUCAUCUCUUCUAAAAUACCAUAGAGAAAUGGGAUUAAUUUAUGAAGGAAGACAAUCACAAUGCUUUGGUAAAUACCCAGCCAACUUAAUGACUACAUAGCUUGUGCUUGUGUAUAUUUAUGUGACAAGGCAGAAAAAAGGAAGGGGGAAGAAAGGGAGGAGUAAAAAGGGAGAGAGAAGUGAACAGCAGAGGCAAGGGGGAGGAGGAGGGAGACACAGGGAAAGAGGAAAAUGGCCCUUGUCAUGCCAGUUCCUUUGCGUCAGACUGGCUGUGGCCCCUAUCUGCUCCUGUCUCUUUCCCCUGCUUUAAGUAUUGGUAUUUCUUGAGUCAUAAUCUACAAAGGAAUACAAAAGAGGUUUCAGUAAAAUCUUACCUAAAUAAAGCAAUAUUGAUUUGACUACUCAAAAUGAAACACACCAAAAGCCCCUCCAUUGUCCUAAGCUACCGUUGUUUGGAAUAUUUACACACAAGGGUCAGGUUGAGUGAGAACUCUGUUCAGGAUAUAGUGGGGCCCGUGUGGUAUCUUCUGGGCCUUUGGCCUGCUACCAUGUCCUGGCUUGCCCCUUGAAGUGUUUAUAGAAAGACAAGGAGGGCAUUUAUCUUUCCCAAUAUGCAGUCUUUGCCUUUGAAAUAACAGACCUUGUUGACUAGAAAUUUCCUAUAUGAACUCAUUUUAUUUCGCCAUCUGUCCGUAACUUGCCUUUGGCCUUUCAAAGCUCCUGUAUUUCUCUGGAGGGAAGAUGAAGGGAUCAUUUUCCUCCAUCAUUUCUUCCAUGUUCCAUUUGACUUCAGCAAUGGCCUCACUUCUUGUUUUGCAUUUUAAAAGUAUGAUUUCCAUUAAGACCCCCGUGGAAAUAGCUUUCCUCUGAUUCACUGGUACCCCCCAUAUGUUGUGGGCUUGUGAUUAUGCCCCACUUAAUAGAAUAUUUAGAAUAGUGCUUGGCACAUAGUAGGUACCUGAUCAUUGUUAGCUGUUCUUCCCUAUCCAGACUGCUUACUGCCACUUCCAGUUUUCCACUGAUGGUACCUUGGACAAAA